AUGGAAGAAGAAAGAAGAAAUGAUGUAACCUAUUAUAACAGUAAUAAUAUUCUUGAAAAAAAUGAUAAAUUUUUUAAUUAUUACAUAGGCCAGAAUAUAAUUAACGAAAAUGAGAUUGAUGAAUUUAUGGAAAUAAUAAAUAAAGAAUUGCCCAUUACUUUUAGGGUUUUAAAGAAUAAUAAAUUUAACAAUUUUAUUCAUGAAAAUAUAAAAAAAAAGUUAGAAGGCAUAUGUAAAAAUAAUUACUCUAUAACACAAUUAAAUGAAGAUGACCAGAUUUAUGAAAUUUAUUUAACAAGAUCACAAAUAAAGAAAGAUGAAAAUUAUAAAAAUUUAUAUAAUUACUUAAUAAAUUUAAAUGAAAGUGGGUAUAUAUUCAGACAGGAACUAGUAAGUAUGUUACCUGUUCUAUUUUUGAAAUUGCAAGAAAACUUUUUUGUUUUAGACAUGUGUGCUGCUCCUGGAUCAAAAACAGCGCAAAUAGUUGAUUAUAUGCAUUUAAUAGCUAAUAAAAAAAGUAAAAAUUAUUUAAUAAAUAAAUUUAUUCAAAAUAACCACGGCAAAUUGUAUAAACAGAUUGGGAAGGGUGAUGGCGAAAGUGGUGAAAGUGGUGAAGGUAGUGAACUCAGUGAAAAUAAAAAUGACGAAAAUAAAAAUGACGAAAAUAAAAAUGAAGAAAAUAAAAAUGAAGAAAAUAAAAAUGACGAAAAUAAUGCCUUUUCAGUGCUAAACGAUAGCAUUGAUACUUUCCAUAGUGCAAUGGAAAAUCCAAAGAAAGAAAUUGACGUUCAAGAUCCAAUAAAUGAAGAAAAUAUAUACAAAACUUACUAUAAUAUAUUAGAAAACAAUUUGUAUGAUGAUGAAUUUUUUAAGUAUAUUUUAAAUGCUGAUCAUAAUUUAUAUAAUGAAUAUAAAAAUUUAAUAUCAAAUAAUAACCCUACAGGAGUUGUUGUUGCAAAUGAUGCAAAUUUUAAAAGAUGUUGUAUGUUAUUUCAUCGUUUGAAAAAUAUACAUAGUAAUUGUUUAAUUGUAACAAAUAACAAUGCAGUUAGUUUUCCAUAUUUAUAUUUGAAAAAUAAAGUAGAUGAUAGUUUCGAGAAAAUAUAUUUUGAUUCAGUUUUAUGUGAUGUACCAUGUAGUGGUGAUGGGACAUUACGAAAAGAUCGAAAUAUAUGGAUAAACUGGAAUCCGUUAAAUGCUUAUAAUUUAUUUCAAUUACAAGUUAAUAUUUUAAAAAGGUCAAUUGAGUUAGUAAAAGAGGGAGGAUAUGUUAUAUAUAGUACUUGCUCAUUAAAUCCUAUUGAAAAUGAAGCAGUUAUAUGCGAAGUAUUUAAUUUGUUACAUAAUAGUGAAUCUUUAAAAUUAAUUAACUUUGAAAAUGAAUUAGUUAAAAAACUAAAUUAUAGAGAAGGCUUAACAGAAUGGAAACUAUUAAUAGAUGACAAAUGGUUUAAUACUUAUGAUGAAUUUAUUGAUUAUUUAAAAAACAUUCAACCUGAAAAAUUUAAAAAAAUAUAUGAAAAAAUUAAAAAUGGCAUGUUUACACCUAAUAAAGAGUUUAUGGAAAAUAUUAAUUUAAAAUAUGUUAAAAGAUUUUUUCCACAUCAUUAUAAUGCUGGCGGGUUUUUUAUCGCUUUAAUUGAAAAACGUGGACAAGUCCAAUGGAAAGAAAGAAGUAAACAUGAUGUGAUAAAACAUAUUAUAAAGGCAAAAGGGGCCGAUUUAAAUGAAUUGGAAAAAGAGGCAACCAUUCGUAGGUAUAAAAAUAAAAAAUCAAAAAAAAAAAAAAACAAAAAAAAAAAGCAAAAUGAAAAGCAAGAUGAAAAACAAAAUGAAAAACAAAAUGAAAAACAAAAUGAAAAACAUGGAAUAAACAAAAAUAUGGAUACUUCUGCCAAUGAUAAAAUUAAUAAUAUACACCAUUCUGAUGAAAUUUCUGAAGCUAUCGAAAAAGAACAUAAUGAUAUAAUACCCCACGAUAACCAUGUACAAACAGAAAAACAAAUUAUAGGAAAUGAUGAAAUAACUAAAAGUUAUAAUAUGGUAGGUAGUGAUGAAUUUAUGAAUGAUUAUAAUAUGGUAAAUAAUUUUGAUAUAAUAAAAAAUAACAAAAAUGGAGAAAUGGAUGAAAUAACUGAUAGUUAUAAUGUAGUAGGAAGUAGCAACAUAUUAAGGAAAAACCUUCUGAUUCAAAACUCAAGUUCAUCAGGAUAUGAUAUCAUAGAAUUGAUAAAUAAAAAGAGUGAAGAAAAAUUGAACGAUUACAUAGGCAAUAAUGUUGCCAAUGAAAAUGUAAAUGAAACAAGUUUUGAAGAAAUGGAAAAACAGAAAGAAGAAUACGAAGAGGAAGAAAAGAAAGAAGAAAGCGACGAGGAAGAAAAGAAAGAAGAAAGCGAAGAGGAAGAAUGGGAAGAAGUUGGAAAAAUGGAAGACAUAGAAAAGGUUGAAGAAGAGAAAGUCAUAAUGGUAAACAUUGAUAAAGAACGGUAUACAAAUUACGAAUAUAAAGACGAAUUCAAUUUGUGUGUUGGUUCUGAACGAUUGAAAAAACAACAAGAAUAUAUACCUCUAAAUUACUACGAAAGUUUAUUAAAAUCAAAUGAUUUAUUAAAUAAAAUAAAAACGUAUUUUAAUUUAAAUGAUGAGUUUUUAUCAAUAAAAGAUAAUUUAUAUAUUCAUUUGAAAGAUGAUAAUAAUUCUAGUAAGUUAGGAAUUAAUGACAGAAUAAAUUCGAGUAUUAAAAAAAUAAAUUUUGUUAGUAAUAAUACUAAAAAUGUUUUGGAAAGUUAUACCAAAAUAAAAUUAAAAAUUAUCAGUGCUGGAAUAACAGUAAUUCAAGUGGAUAAAAAUAAAAAAAAUAAUGUAGAAAAUUAUUAUAGGAUUAAUUAUAGUGGAUGCAUAAAUUUUAUGAAUUUUUUUAAAAAUAUAGAUGAUUUUUUAUUAAAUACAAAAUAUAGGCAAGAUAUUAUUAAAAAUUUUUUUUCUACUGUUUAUGAAAAUAAGGAAAGAGUAUUUGAUUUUGAUUCAUAUAUGAAUAAAUUAAUAGGAGAAAGAAAAAGCGUGAUGCAAAAAAGUAGUUCAAAUAAAAAUGGAAAAGAAACAAAAGAUGAAUUAGAUGAAAACGUAUUAUGUAAAAAAGAAACUGAAAAUGUUACUCCUAUUUCUAAGGAUGAUAAAAAUGAAACAAGUCAUAACAAUAUUGGUCAAGAAAAUAAUAGCACACUUGGUGAUACAAACAUUAUAUGGGUCAAAAGUGAUGUCAUAUUGGAUCUAAUAAAAGUAGAUAAAUCAAAAAUAAAUAGCAUAACUAAUGAGACAAUAAAACAAACUGAGCAACUAAAUAAAUAUUCACCUAAUGUAUUAUUGACAUUGAAUAAAAAUAAACAAAUUUUAGCUAUUCCAUCGAACAAAGGAAAUAUUUACGUGGAUAUUACAAUUGAUAAAAAUUCCAUUAUGAUGCUUCCUUACGUAUUAAACUAA